AUGCACCUUCGUAUCUAUGGCCAUGAGGAGCUGGGUGAGCUUGGUCGGCUCCACUACAGCCUCUGCGCGGCUUAUGGUGCUGCAGGCGAGGGCCAGCCAUUUCUGGGGGGCGUUCCGGGCGAUGAUCAAUCUCCGCACCGCCUUCUGGAGGCGCCGACCUACCUCUCUCACCCACUCACCCAUUAUAUUUCCACCCUUUGCCCACUUCAAGAGGAAGGGACUUGA